CGCUGUAGCUAGGACACCAAAAGAAAAACUAUAUUUAUACAAAAAUUAAAGUCAGUUCGGCUUUAGUAAAGUUUAAUGUUGAAUAAAAAAUAACAGAAGAAUAAUAUAAUAUAAUAUUCUCUAAGAAUAUUACAGAAUUGUGAAUAUAAAAAUCUUUCUUAAUUAGAAGCAUCCUGUGUCUACCUAUUCAGUUAUAGGACAUAAUGUGAGUGAUGUGCGUAACCAAAGGCUCUAUUUUAUAACUUGUUCUAUUUUAUACAAAUUAUAUGUGCGUACGAUUUAAAUAGUGAGAAUGCUCAAAUAACGAAAUGAAAAAAAAAUCAAAUUUAAGUUUAGUAACCAUAUGAAAAACAGGAACUUUUAUAUUUGCGUGGUUGUUUUACGAGUCUCUUUGAUUUAAUUUUCCAUAUAAAUACAAUAUCGAUCGAUCGUAUUUCAUAUAAAUACGAUAAUCGAUAAUAUUUAGUAAUUCCGAUUAUUGAAAAGUUUUUUAUGAUUCGUUCUAAAGCGACAACAUCUGAUAAAACAAAACUUAGAUAGAAGAUGUAAUUUAUUAUUAUUUCAAUUUUGUUGUGUUAUAUUUCCUCUAUAGUAAACUACAAUAACACAUUAUCAGGAGUCAUAUAACGAUAAAAAAAUGGAGAAUAAAUCAGCAGAAUUUAUUGCAAGGCCAUAUCAAAUUGACCUUUACGAGAAAGCAAUGGAAUCAAAUACAAUUAUUUACUUACCUACCGGUACAGGAAAAACAUUUAUAGCAAUGAUGGUUCUUAAAAAAUUGAGUGUUGAUAUACAAAAGCUUUACACUCAGGGUGGUAAGAGAACAAUAUUUGUAGUCAAUACAGUACCUUUAGUAACUCAACAAGCUGAAUAUAUUGCAAGACAUACAGGAUUAUCAUGUAAAGGAUAUUGUGGUGAUAUGAAAGUUGAUUUUUGGACAAAAGAAAUAUGGUUAAAAGAGUUAGAUGACCAACAAGUUUUAGUGAUGACAAGUCAGGUAUUUCUAGAUAUUAUAAAUCAUGGAUAUUUACAUUUAAAUAAAAUAAAUUUGAUAAUUUUUGACGAAUGUCACAGAGCUGUAAAUGAUCAUCCUAUGCGUCAAAUUAUGCAGAGAUUUGAACAAUGUAAAGUUACAGAACAACCUAAAAUAUUAGCAUUAUCUGCAACUUUACUUAAUUCUAAUGUAAAAUUGUCUAAUAUUAUAGAAUCAAUUAAGAAUUUAGAAAUAACAUUUCAUUCAAAAAUAGCGACAGUAGAUAAUAUAAAGGGAUAUUGUACAAAUCCAGAAGAAAUUGUAAUUCAUUAUGAAACAUAUACAUACCCAGAAAGUUGGCAUAGUGUAGUAACCUAUUUACAAAAUUUAAUAGAAUUUUUAAAUGUUACAUCUAUUCCAAGUAAUCGAGAUUAUAACGAAUCCAGUAAAGAGUUUAAAACAAAAACUAUAAAUGAAGAACUUAUGAAUCUUAUAGAAGAUAUAAAAAAACAAAUAGAUACAACAGGUUUAUAUGGUGUUAAUAAAUGUAUUCUACUACACUUAAUCCAAUUAGAAUACAAAAAGAGAUCUAUUGAUGAUCAAAAUGGAAUAUAUAUCUUUGAAUAUAUGAUAACAGAAUUAUUUAAAUUGAGAAAACUCUUGGAAGAUGAAAUGAAGAAUUAUACGGAUCUACAAAAAAUAUUUGAGUUUUCAUCAGAUCAGGUCCUCCAACUUUUUAAAUUAUUGAAAAAUUUUAAUGAUAAUAGGUUAGACAAUCAGAAAUUUUGUUGCAUUGUUUUUGUGAAACGUAGAUCCACUGCUAAAAUAUUAUAUCAUAUUUUAAAGGAAAUGCACACUCACGAUGAAAGAUAUAAAUUUUUACUUCCGGAUUAUACUACAGGUUUUAAUAAUAACCCUUACAAAAAUUAUAAAGAAGUUUUAUGUAUGUCUAAGUGGAACAGAGAGGUUUUACAUAGAUUUAGAAAUGGAUUAAGUAAUUGCGUUAUAGCAACAGAUAUACUUGAUGAAGGAGUUGAUAUACCUGUUUGUACGCUUGUAAUACGUUUUGAUCUACCAACAGACUUCCGAUCUUAUAUUCAAAGUAAAGGACGCGCACGUUUUUCAUCAAGUCAAUAUGUUAUUAUGUUAAGUAAAAAUGAUCACAAUUAUAUUAAGAGACAUAUGCUAUUUAAAAAUAUCGAUUUAUCAUUACAAGAGAUAUUAAUAGGAAAAUCUGAAUAUCGUAUAGAACCUACCGCAGAGGAAAUUAAAGAAAAUCUGUAUUCUUAUACAAUUGAGCCAUAUAUAGUGAAAAUAAAUGAAAACAUCACAAGUAUACUGACAGAACAAGCUGCAAUUAAUUUAAUAAAUAAAUAUUGCACUUUAUUAUUGAAAUCGAAAUUUGUAUCUUUAUAUCCAACAUGGAAAUUACAUAAAAUAGAGGAAAAUAAAACAUUUCAGGUGUCCCUUAAAUUGCCAAAUCUAUCUCCACUUAAAGAAGUAGUGUUUGGUGAUAUGAUGCCUUCUAUAGAUGCAGCUAAAAAAUCUGCUGCUUUUAAAACUUGCAUAAAAUUACAUUUAAUUGGCGAAUUAUCAAAUAAUUUAUUGCCAUCUGUAAAUGAUAUAUUAGAUAAUACAGAAUAUCUUUUUCCGAAUUGGAUAAAUGAAGAUUCAAAAACAAAUCAAGCUGGUACUACAAGAAAGAAAAGAUAUCACAAACUUAAAUAUCCAGAGGCAUUAUAUGGUGCAUUUCCUUCAGAAGGAACCAUUUUAUAUUUACAUAUUCUUAGUGCUGAACCAGUAUAUUCAAUACCACAGGAUAAUAGAAAUUUAGUAUUUUAUAACUUAUUACAUGAUCAAGCAGGAUAUGGAAUACUUUCGACGAAGUUAAUCCCACAAAUUCCAUCAUUCCCUAUUUACAUGAAUGUUGGAGAGCUGAAUGUUAAUAUCAAAGUUAACUAUGCAACAAUGAUUUUAACUAAUGAACAAAUUGAAGAAUUAAAAAUUUUUCAUACUACAAUAUUUACUAAUAUUGUAUCUGUUAUUAAACCAUUUAUGACAUUUGAUAAUGAUAACUUUGAUAAUUCUUUUCUUAUUGUACCAACUAAUAAUGAAAAUGAAAUAGAUUGGAAUGUUGUUCAAAAAUACAAAUAUAUUUCUUAUAUUAAGUCUCUUGCACCAUUAAAAAACAUUGAUUACGAAUUAGCAUUGAUUGUUCCUAAUUAUAGAUCAUCUCCAAAUGUAUAUGUUGUCACACAAGUAUGCGAUGAUCUUGCGCCGAAUUCAUGUUUUCCAACAAAUGAUUUUCUUACUUAUGCUCAUUAUUACAAUCAAAAACAUGAAUUAAAAAUAAGUGAUUUAAACCAAUCGAUGCUAGAAGUAAAACCAAUUUCAAUGAAAAUUAAUUGUAUAAAACCACGAAAUAUGAAGUCUGGCUUAAGUAAACGAAAACGUGCAGAUGCACUUGAAGAUUACGAUGAACAUUUAGUACCGGAGUUAUGUUGUAAAGUUGAAUUUCCUGCAUUAUAUUGGCUUAAAGCGACUACGUUACCAUCCAUCCUUCAUAGAAUUUCACAAUUAUUAAUUGCAUUAGAUCUAAGAGAGACUAUUUUUAAAGAGGCAAAUUUGGGUACUUCACUGAAUGAUCUCCUAAACUAUAAUUGGCCUCCUUUGGUCAUAAAUAUACAAGAAUCGGAAUCUAAAACAGAACAAAUGUCAGAAGGUACAUUUGAUGAAAUUAUACAAACUGGCCAGCCAGUAUUAGAUUUGAAUGGACCUGAAAUCGAUGUUCUUAAUACUGAUGCAAAUCUAUAUCCUUGGACAAAAGAACAAGAACCACCCGAUAUAAACAGGAAUGCUGAGCAAAUCCAAUUAAUUGAUAUUGAAUAUUAUUGUCAUUUUAUGUCGGAUACAUCUAAUUCAGAAAUGCUUUCUAAGGAACGUAAAACCAAAAUAAUUAACUACAAAAGUAAACCUAAAGUAUCAAUACCAACUUUAGAAAUUCUAGAAGCAAAUGAUGAAACAGGACCAGAUCCAGUACUAAUUAUGCAGGCGCUUAUAACUAGUGGAAAUGAUGUGUUUGAUCAAGAAAGAUUAGAAAUUUUAGGAGAUUCUUAUUUAAAAUUUAUUAUAUCUUUAUAUUUGUAUUCCGUUUUUCCAACUUAUAAUGAAGGUCGUUUAACUGCACUUAAAGGAAAAAUCAUUGGAAAUCGAAAUUUAUAUUAUUGUGGUAUCAAAAAGUCUAUCCCAGGAUGCAUGAAAGUCGAUGAUUUUAUACCAAUGAGCACAUUUAUUCCUCCAGCUUAUACAACAUUCCGCCCUUUACAAAAAAUUUUAUUAGAAGCUAAGGUAUCUCCAAAUGUGUUAUAUGAAAUUCACAUACCUGAAGAAGAAAGAUUCUCUGGAUAUAUAAGUGAAAAUACAAAAAAUGAAAUGCAAGCGAAAGUUUUGAAUUGGGCUGCUGCAGAAUCACAAACUGGUAUUGAGUAUUACAUAGGUGUACAAAUGGUUCCAGACAAAGCAGUUGCAGAUUGUGUAGAAGCCCUAAUAAGUGUUUAUCUUAAAAGUAUGGGAAUGGUAGGAGCUGUAAAAUUAUUAAUGUGGUUUGGUAUUUUGCCUUUGCACACUGACAUUAAUGCAUUAUUGUAUUCUGUUACACAAAAACCAGAAGUUAGUGUUGGAGAUCUAAACUUGUAUAUGCCAUGGGCUGAAACAAUAGAAAAGAAUAUGAAUUAUAAGUUUCGAAAUAGGAUAUAUUUGUUACAGGCUUUUAGUCAUCCAUCUUACACAGAAAAUAAUAUAACAGAUGAUUAUCAGAGAUUGGAAUUUUUAGGUGACGCUAUUAUUGAUUUUUUAAUUACAGGGUACAUUCAUCAAUAUUGGGAAUUAUUAAGUCCUGGUGAAAUUACAGAUCUUAGAUCUGCACUUGUAAAUAAUAUUACAUUUGCAUGCUUAACUGUAAAAUAUGGCUUACAUACAGCUCUUUUAUCUUAUUCUCCACAAUUAAAUGAUGUUAUCGACAGAUUUGUAAAAUUUCAAGAAGAAAGGAAUUAUGUAGUUGAUAACGAGAAUCUCUGGAUUUUACUUGAAGAAGAAGAAUGUAAUAUGGCCGAAUACGUUGAUGUUCCUAAAGUUUUAAGUGAUAUAUUUGAAUCUUUCAUAGGAGCUGUUUAUUUAGAUACUAAUAAAAAUAUUAAACAAGUUUGGGAACUGUUAUUCGCUCUUAUGUAUAAAGAAAUCGAUGCCUUUAGUAGAGAUGUUCCGAAGCAACCUGUGCGUUUAAUCUAUGAAACGCUAGGAUCAAAUGCCAAAUUUUUAUCUGCAACCUUAAUAGAGGGUACAAAUACUAUUAUGGUACCUUUAGAAAUAACGAAUAAAAGAAAAUCAAAAUUAUUUCACGGAUUUGGUGCCAAUAAAAAACAAGCUAAAUGUGCAGCAGCAAAGCAAGCUUUGAAGUAUUUGCGUUGCAAAAAUGAAUGAAAUAA